AUGGCGACCAUGACCGUGUCCUCCACCACCACAGCCACAACCACCACACCACGUAAUGCCCCACGGCGCAAGGUGCAACAGCCACCAACAAAUGUGCCAAAAGUAGAUCACCUAGACAGACAUGGCUAUCUUUUUGGCCAGAAGAUCACAGCGUCCAUGUCUCCACUGCUACACGAUGUUGUCUACCAAGAAAUCGGACUGAACUGGGAGCAAAUACGGCUGGACUCGACAGACAUGGACCUGUUCCUCCAGCUCCGCCAGCACCCAAAGUUCUAUGGCGCGGCAGUAACAAUGCCACACAAAGUCGCCAUCAUUCCACAUCUGGAUGAGCUGACGCCAGAGUGCCGCGCCGUGGGCGCCUGCAACACCAUGUACAUCCGCGACGAGCCAGACGCCUCGUCGCCGACCGGCUUCAGGCGGGUCUUCUGCGGGACCAACACGGACGUCGUCGGCGUGCGCGAGUCGUUCCUGCGCAACAUCCCCGCCGACAGGCACGACUCGGUCUUCCGGGGGCGGCCGGGGCUCGUCAUCGGCGGCGGCGGCGCGGCGCGCUCGGCCGUCUACGCGCUGCGCAAGUGGCUCGGCGCCACGAGCAUCUACCUCGUGAACCGCGACAAGGCCGAGGUCGACGCCGUCGUCGCCGAGUGCUCGGAGCGCGGGUACGGCGACGGCCUCGUGCACGUCGAGACGGUCGAGCAGGCGCGGGCGCUCGAGGGCGCGGGCGCCAUCGUGGCGUGCGUGCCCGACUUCCCGCCCGUGACGGAGCUGGAGAAGCAGGCGCGCGCCGUGACCGAGGUGUUCCUGGGCGAGAAGGAGCACAAGGGCGCCAUCCUGGAGAUGUGCUACAACCCCACGCCCUUCACGGCGCUGGGCAAGCUGGCCGAGGACGCGGGCUGGCAGGUGAUCCUGGGCACGGAGGCCAUGAUAUACCAGGGCAUCGAGCAAGACCGGUACUUUACCGGGCGGAGCACGGAAGAACUUCCGGUGCAGAAGGUGAAGGAAGUGAUCGACGCGCAGGUUGCGCUGAGAGCCAAGGCACAGUCAUAG